AUGGAGGAGGCGGAAGAUGUGUAUAGAUUUCAGGAAUUGGACAGUGACGACGAAAGGUACGGCGUUCUGGUAGACCCUGGGUAUCAAGGAGUAUCGAGUAGCAAGAAUAUCAAUCCUGAUGAGCUUUACUUCAACGACAUGGAUUUAAGAGCAUGGGAGAGGAACACCGGGGUUGGUGUUAUUGAUGAGAUGGGCUAUGGUGAUGAAUAUGCUUUCGAGGAAGAUGGAGAGUAUUAUGAUGAGGCCACCGGGCUGACUAUGAGUCUGGCAGAGUACGAAGAGCAUGUUUUUCAAGGAGUGCUGGACAAGAUACGACGUGCGAGAGUGGCAGGCGAGUCGGAUGUGAACCUUAGCACUGAAGAGCUGGAGAUAUACAGAUCCAGACUUCUAGGGCAUAAGGUGCCUGCUGCGCGCCCGCAACCGACUACGCUCAGACCUGUUAGUGCUUCGGCCGUUCCUACUGCAAGCGCUAUUGCGGUCAACUCCACAACCGACGCUAGAAACCUCGUUGCUGGCAGCGUAAAGUCCUCGAAAAAUAGAUCACGAACCUCUUCGUUCUUCGGACUCCGGCCUAAGAAGGACAAGACCAAUGGCCGCCGGCGUGCACCUUCGAUCACUUCCCAGCCUCCACACCAAGAUCCGGCUUUCGUUGUGCCCGGUCCGAACGGACACUCAGUGUAUGCCCCAAUCAACGGGCACCAUGACCGAAUGUUUCCUCAAUCCCCCCCUCCGCCGAGUGCCUCAUCUCAACCUGGAUCUCGGUUGAUGUCGUCUGGCCACCAAUCGCAAGUCCCAGCACACAUUGCCUAUGCCCGCGAAGUACCUGGUGCCUUUCCAUCCAGUCCACCUCGCAGCUCCGCAUCAUCAGAAGCCAGCUUCUCCCAGCAGUACAGACGUCCGACAUCGUCCUCGUCCCGUCAGCUAUCUGGUUCCGAACAGGUGCACGCUACAGUGUCUCCCGAUACUCGUAGUCGCUCGUCAUCCAUACAGCAAACUGUGAAGCUUGUCCCGAUCCCUGUUCCUGAUUAUCAGCAUCAUAACACCGAGCCCUAUCAGUAUCAUGUUCCUGGGCAGACAUCGCCAACGGUGAUUUCACAAACACCGUCCUCUCCUACCCAGCUUGUACGAAGGGUGGUGUCAGGUCCAUCUGAUUCCUAUGUGGCUAUGCCUCGACGCGUUCCGAUUCCAGUUCAAGGUCCGAAUCUUACCGUCCCAGGAAGCAGCCCUGACCUUAUGGUUGACCUUAAAGAUGGCGCAGCGGAAGACCACACGUCUGAUGAAGAGGGCGAAGGUGGUAUCGUAGGUGAUGUCGGACCGCAAGCAGCUGCGAAAGCUUAUAAGGUUCAAACGGUCAAGCCAAGCGGUAGUGGAACUGCUAAUGGAAAGGAGAGUGAUCGAAGAAAGAGGACGCAUCGCAAAAAGAAGUCUUAG